UAUGUCCCAGUGCCCCCAGCCCCUCUCCAACGGGUCCCAGCCCCUCCCUAGCCCCUCCCAGCCCCUCCCCGGGGCCCCCCAGUCCCUCCCCAGUAUGUCCCAGUGCCCCCAGCCCCUCUCCAACGGGUCCCAGCCCCUCCCUAGCCCCUCCCAGCCCCUCCCCGGGGACCCCCAGUCCCUCCCCA